GAAGCGAGGGAGCUGAACGGAAAACCCGCGUUUCUGCCACAAUCUGCUUCCUCUCAACUGGAGAGCUCUUGGCCAAGGCCCCGCCUCUUCCCCAAGGCUUUGCUCGGUGCCUCCGUCAGGCGACUUGGCUAGCCUGUCGAAACUUCUAUUUUUAUAGUCCUCCUGUAUUCCUUUCCUCGCAGAAAGAGACCGCCCUCCGCGGCUUGGCUCUGCCCUUUUGCCGCCGCCUCUCCCUUGAGAGAAGCGGAAGCCGGCAUCAGGUAAAGCGAAGGCUGAGGAAGGAGUCAGUCAGGACCCAUCCAUCAGUGCAAGUGCCGGCUUGUUGCUUUUGCUCGGGUUUUGGGUGCGGGUGAUUUCCCUCCUCCCGCUCAGCAGCGCCCUCAGGGAGAGGCGGCAUGGCCCAGAAAGGAGUCGACUGAAGGAACAGAACGGCCGCCCCAUCCGUUUUUCCACAAGCGAAGCUGCCUGGUCGUCUCUCUCUCUCUUUGACAGGCUCCCAGGGGAGCGAGCUGAGCUAGUCACGUACUAAACGAAUCAACAGGAGGGAGGCACCAUCAGUCACUUUUGUCACCCUGCGGCUGCUGCUGCUCACUUCCCUGUCGCCGCUUCUUGCGGCUUGACCAAAGAAUAUGCUCAUGGAGGAGGGCAGGGAGCCUGAGUUCGACUCUUCUGCCUUCCUCUCUUCAUCUUACCCGUGCACCCACUUUGGCGACGUCUGUGCUGCCUCUUCCUCGCAGUGAUACCGCAACCAGCACUUCCUUUCAAGGGAGCGCUGCUGCACGCACCCUGUAUUGUUGAAUUCUAAGCCUCUGUAAUAAAUUGGAUGACUCAAAAAUGGAUCCCAUAUCAUUCAGAGUUAAAAAUCCUGCAACAUCCAGUGAUGGCUCCAUAGACUUCAGUCUCCAGCUAGUAGGUUCUCUGCCGGUACAUUCGCUAACCACGAUGUCAGUACUCCCUUGGAUUGUGGCUGAGAUUCGGCGACUCAGCACACAGCCUACCACCAGCCAAAUCCGGCUUUAUGUCUCACCAGCCAGGGUGCAAUGUGAAACAGACACAGGGAAAAGCCAGCAAUGGGAUCCUCUGAAUUGUUCCAGCCUGUUUGGGUGUAAACCACAGCAUGUCCACAAACUGAUUCACAACAGUCAUGAUCCGAGCUAUUUUGCUUGCUUAAUAAAAGAUGAAGCAGUAAACCAGCAAAGUAUCUGUUAUGUGUUCAAAUCUGAUGAUCAAACAAAAGUGCCUGAGAUCAUAAGCACUAUCAGACAAGCUGGAAAGAUUGCACGCCAGGAAGAAUUUCAGAAUAACCUUUCAGAUGUUGAAGAUCCUUUUAGCAAAAAAUUUGAGGUGCUAUUCUGUGGCCGAGUGACAGUAGCGCACAAAAAUGCACCCCCAGCACUCAUAGAUGAAUGUAUUGAAAAAUUUAACGAUGUUAGUUAUACCAAAAACUGGGACUCUGCUCCAUUCGCUAAGCAACAUGAAACAGUCAACCACUCUGGAGGAUUUUCCAUAAGUGAUAAAUUCCGUUCUGUCUUCCAACCCUUAGUUAAUGAACAGCAGGAGAAAAAGCCUAUGAGAAAAUCCUACUCUCAGCCUGGACUGCGUUCUUCUGCUUUCAAGAGACAUAUGCCAGCAGGAUGCCCCAGAAGUAGCAGCUUUGCCAGAUCCUUUGAUGAAGAUGCCAUUUCUCUGAACUUAAAAAGUCGAUUUAUUCAUGGGCAAAAUGUGCAGCCAACAGAUAUUGCAGGGAAUCGGAUUAUGUUGUUCACGAUUGGCCAGUCUGAAGUUUACAUCAUCAGUCCUGACACCAAAAAAGUUGUUAUCGAGAAAAGCUUUAAGGAAAUUUCUUUUUGCUCUCAGGGAAUUAGACACGUGGAUCAUUUUGGAUUUAUCUGCAGAGAGUCUUCAGAAAAUACAGGCUUCCAUUUUGUCUGUUACGUAUUUCAAUGUACAGAUGAAGCCCUGGUUGAUGAAAUCAUGAUGACUUUGAAACAGGCAUUUACAGUAGCUGCUGUCCAACAAACUGCUAAAGCGGAAUUCCAACUCUGUGAAGGGUGUCCCAUGCAGAGCCUGCAUAAACUCUGUGAAAAGAUAGAAGGGAUGCAUCCUUCUAAAACUAAACUGGAACUCCAAAAACAUCUAACAUUGCUGAACAACCAGGAGCAGGCCGCAAUCUUUGAAGAAGUUCAGAAAAUAAAGCCAAGAAAUGAACAGAAGGAGAAUGAGUUAAUCAUCUCUGUUCUGAGAAGUAUGUAUGAGGAAAAACAGAAGGAUCAUAUUCACCUUAGUGAAGUCAAGCAGACCUCACAGUCUUCAGUAGAGGCCAUGGGAAAUGAGAUGCCAAGCAGCAUACCCCGCUUCCGACUGGAUAUGUUGAAGAACAAAGCUAAAAGAUCACUGACAGAAUCAUUAGAAAGUAUUUUAUCUCGAGGAAAUAAAGCCAAAAGUCAACUGGAAAGUUCUGGAAGUAUUGAUUUGGACAGCUCCUUAUCUAGCACACUAAGUACUACAAGUAAAGAAACCUCUCUGUCUGAGAAAGAAGGCCUCCUUCCCCCAGAGAGCCCUCUCAAGGCAAAUGGAUCUGUAGGCAAUCUUUCAAGUGAGCCAGAAAGCCCAUCUACUGAACAGUCUGCGAAACCAGCUUACCAGGGGUUUAGAAGACGAGCUAAUACCCUGAGCCAUGUGCCAAGUGAAAGCCAGGAGGCCUCAGAACCCACAGAAGCAUCUCCAUCUGUUCCCCAAAGGAAACUUAUGAGGUAUCAUUCUGUGAGCACAGAGACUCCUCACCAGCAAAACAACUCUAAAACCUCUUCCGAUCAGUCACUACCUGCUUCUCCUCCUUCAGCUUGUCUUCUUCAUCCCUCAGCCUCUUCACCCAAUUUCUUAAAACAUCUUAGGUAUAAUUCAAGUGGAGAACAAAGCGAGCAUGCUGUGUCAAAGAGCUAUACUCUCAGCACCUCCUACCGUUCUGCUCUACGGAAAAAACUUCACUCUUCCUCUUCUGUGCCAAACUUCUUAAAAUUUCUGGCUCCUGUAUAUGAAAAUAACACCUCUGACUUUAAGAACACAAAAAGUGACUACAAGCCCAAGUCAGAGGAAGCAGAUUCUGUCUGUGAAAGCCCUGUGAGGACCCGCCGGCAUUCAUGGAGGCAACAAAUAUUCCUAAGAGUAGCAACACCACAGAAAGGAUGUGAUUCUCCCAGUUGGCAUGAUGAAUACUCUGAGUUGGGAGAGCUUCCCCCUAGAUCACCAUUACAACCAGUUUGUGAAGACAGCCCCUUUAGGACAGUAAAAGAAGAAAGGAAGAGGACAUCCAAGGAGCUUCGGGAACUGUGGCAAAAAGCAAUUCUGCAGCAGAUACUACUACUUAGGAUGGAAAAGGAAAAUCAAAAGUUGCAAGCUUCUGAAAACAAUCUGCUAAACAAACGUCUGAAGCUUGAUUAUGAAGAAAUCACCCCAUGCCUCAAAGAAAUAACAUUGGUCUGGGAAAAAAUGUUGAGUAUGCCAGGAAGAUCAAAGAUGAAGUUUGAUAUGGAAAAAAUACAUUCUGCUGUUGGGAAAGGAAUUCCCAGGCAUCACCGGGGUGAGAUCUGGAAGUUUUUAGCAGAACAAUACCAGCUUAAGCAUCAGUUUGCACAUAAACAGCAACCAAAGGAUACACCUUACAAAGAACUCUUAAAGCAACUAACCUCUCAGCAGCAUGCAAUACUUAUUGACUUAGGCCGCACCUUUCCAACACAUCCAUACUUCUCGGCCCAGCUUGGAGCUGGGCAGCUGUCCCUUUACAAUAUCUUGAAGGCUUAUUCCCUCCUGGAUCAGGAAGUUGGCUAUUGCCAAGGCCUUAGCUUUGUAGCAGGUGUGCUGUUGCUUCAUAUGAGUGAGGAAGAGGCUUUCAAGAUGCUCAGGUUCCUAAUGUUCGACAUGGGCCUUAGGAAGCAGUAUCGACCUGACAUGACAAUUUUACAGAUCCAAAUGUAUCAACUUUCUCGACUUCUUCAUGAUUACCAUAGAGAUCUCUACAAUCACUUUGAAGCACAUGAAAUUGGACCUAGUCUGUAUGCUGCCCCCUGGUUUCUUACCAUGUUUGCCUCUCAGUUUCCAUUGGGGUUUGUGGCUAGAGUAUUUGACAUGCUGUUUCUCCAAGGAUCAGAAGUUAUAUUUAAAGUGGCUUUAAGCCUGCUGGGAAGCCAUAAGCCCUUAAUUCUGCAACAUGAAAACUUGGAAACCAUAGUUGAUUUCAUUAAAUGUAUUCUCCCAAACCUGGGUUUGGUACAGAUGGAAAAAACCAUAAACCAGGUAUUUGAGAUGGAUAUCUCCAAACAGCUGCAAGCUUAUGAAGUUGAAUACCACGUACUUCAAGAUGAAUUGAUAGAUUCUUCUCUCAAUGACAAUCAGAGGAUCGAUAAAUUAGAAAAAGCCAACACCAGUUUACGCAAACAAAACUUUGACCUUCUUGAGGAACUUCAGAUGGCAAAUGGAAAGAUCCAAAACUUACAAGUCAUGGUUGAGACUUUGCUUAACAACGAAAGCAAGCUGAGGCAGACAAUUCUCACUCUAGAACUGGAAAGGAAAGAAUUGCUGAAGACAGUAAAGGAGUUGCACGUGCACUCAGCAAGCCCCAGUGGAAAACCUCUACUUACCAGGCAAGAGCAUAUGGAUGCUGCUAACUGACAGCUGCAGACAUAAUGUAGGAGGAAAGUUCCACACAGACAAAAGGUCACUGUUAGAAUCUUUCACAUUGUCCUUUGUAUUGUCCAUGCCUUAACUUCAGUUAAGUGAAACAAAGACUUUGCACAGAAAAGAAGCAUGUACUAAUGGAAGAAAGCCUUGCUUGUUCCCCGUCUCAGAUUCUUUUGACUGAUACAUAUAUGCAAUACAACAAGCAGAAGGACCUUUAUGCUGCCUUUCUUCUUUUUUGCUUUUGACUGAUACUUCUUCUCCACUGUAAACAUUUCCAGUUCCAAUCUACAGUAAAUGCUUCUCUACCCAAGGGCUUCAUGUUGCUUAUACAUUAAGCAUUUAGGAAUCUCCUAUGUGUGCUGCAAAGGGGCUGGAGAAUUACAGCCCUAGGAGUUCCUGAACGGAUUCCUUUCUCCUAUUUAAGGGGCUACAAUAUUCAUCUGUGAUUGGGCCUAAUAUGUUUCUGAUACCUUUGGCUGAAGCUGAAGUGGGUUCAGCUUAUUUACACUGUGUUUUUGAAACCCUGUUGUUGCCUGAAGACUUCAGCUUAGUGAACCCAGCAAGCCAAAUUUCACCAUAUAACUUUUGGGAUUGCCAUCAGUUGUUACAAAUAUGAUAUCUUAAUAAUGGUGAUUGGUUUUAACGUCCAACUUUAUAGUAUGGUUUAAUGCUCUGAUAGAAUAGAUAAAAUACAGGAUACUACUUUUUCUGUAAUACAUGUUUUGACAGAGUCUGACACUUUGAUUUUAUUAUGAUGGAUCAUGCCUUAAAGUGUCAUUUUAUUUAUUUUUGCAUCAUUGUAAGUUGUAAGCCUUUGGUUUCCAAGUGGUAAUCUAAUGACUGUCAGUUUUAAUUUUAAUAGUUGUACACUCAGCCCACUCUAGUGGAAUUUUGUACUUCAAAACAUUACCUCCUGAGAUUGUGGGGGUACAAACACUGGUUGCAUGAAUGACAUACUUACAGUGUAAUCCUAUGCAUGUCUACUCAGACUGGGUUCAUUGGGGGUUUAUUUCCAGGUAACUGGGUAUAGGUUUGCAGUUUUACACAGAACAGCUGAUUGUCAUUUGAAUUAGGAGUGUGCACUCUCAACAAAGCACCUUUUGGAUAAGGUUAUAUAUUUAAAAAUACAACCUUUUCUCUUCAUAUCAAUGAAAGUAUUCUUAAGACAGUUAAAAGCACUUCAGUAAUUACAGGUAGUAUAGUAUUCCACAGUAAGCAGCUCAACAUUUUAUCACAGAAGGAUCAAUUGGUAAGACAAAUUUGUUUUUUUUUAAAUAUAUUUGUUGGCUUGAGAUUUAUGGGCAUUUACCUUAACUAGUAAUGUUAUAAUUCAUAAACAAAUUAUGAGUUCAACAGUGGUUGACAAUUUAAGGUAAAUCCAGAAAUGUUAAGAUCAAUGGGGGAUUUACCAUUGACUUCAGUGGGAUGUGGGCUUCAAUUUUGGGGCAUAUCUUCACAUCAAACUGAAACUGAUCUAAUAGUAAUUCCCUCUGGCAAAAAAAAGUCAGAUUGUAUUCUUUGAGGGGCUAGAGAGAAUGUUACCCUUACCAAGCUAAAUUUGCAGAAACCAUGUCUAACUGGCAUAAAAUUGUUAUAUGUUGUAAUAAAGAUAAGCCCCAACUAUCAUUUAUGUUGCAUGAAGAGGACAACUGGCUCCUUGAACUUCUCGUGUAAAAGUUGUCCUUUCAAAUUCAUUGCCUGGUUUUGCAUCCAUCCCUAAACAUAAACAAAAUCUUCUUGAUUAUGUUGGCACUGGGAGUCAACACUUCACCAUUCACGUUUUUACUUUUAAAAUUAUUGUUUCAUUUUGGGUACUUCAGAAUUUUACUAUAUUUUUUCUUGUGAGUGUCCAGCAAUGUUGUAUUUGGGCAAAAGCAAUAACUGAUAUAUAGGCUUUUUAACACUAAAAAAGCAAUAAAAAUCUAACAUAGCUAAAUUCAUUUUGUGAUGUUCUUAACUACAGAAUAGUGUCUCCUGCUGUAGUCCUGUGGAUUAUUAAAUAUAAAUAUGAACAACCAGUUAGCAGAAGAGGCCAUAAACUCAUGGGAUCUCUGGAGGCUGCCUAAACAGCAAGUUGAUGAGUCUUCCUCCACAGAGAUUACCACCAUCAGGCUGACUUGUUCUUUUCCUAGUAUGCCUCUUCCUUGAUGUGAGUGCCUGCCCCUUAUAGCCAUGUUUACUUCCAGAUCAGAUAGGAAUUCACUGGUUUGCACUUAAGCAAUCUGGGACAUCAAAAUGAUGCAAGGGAAAUAUUACUAAUUAUGUGGUUAAAUUGUACUUCAAACUCUACUCUGUUGAGGUGAGAUUUUGCAUGAGGAUGGGGGUAUGUUACUUUGGCUAGCAUUCUUCUUCAGUACAUCACAAAAAGGGAGAAAGAGUACAGUAGGGCCACACUAAUACGGCGGGUUACAUUCUGGACCCCCGCUGUAAAGCGGAACCCAUUGAAUAGAAUGGCGUGCGAUGCCCAAAAACCGCCAUAAAAGCAGAACAAGCACAGUAUGAGUGGGGUUUUAGUCUAAUUGUGUCUAAUUGAGACCGCUGUAUUAGUGAAUCGCUGUAUUAGCGAAUAACUGUAAAGCGGGGCCCUCUGUAUCUCAAGCCUCAUGAAGAACAUUUUCUCCACGUAGUAAGGGCAAUGUUGCAGUUGUUUCCCCCCCUCCACAGAUGCUAGGAUUAAACUGGGGUUUCCCAUAGCAACAAUACAAAGUUUAAAUGACAAACACAAAUCUGUAAACAUGAGUAUGCCCACAUUGGAGAGCCAUGGUUAAAUCAGGGCUACCAGAUCUGUGUACAUGGAAGAUCAACCCUUUUGCAUCUGUCAGUCAUACUUGGGUAUUUGCUACGGGAAACUUAGAUGAACCUGCAGCAAAUAUAGUUGCUUCAUUAAGUGUGUGGGCAACUGAUUUUGCCAGCAAUAGCUUUCGAUUUCAGGACAAGACAUUCUGGUUUUCCUCACUGUGGGCAAUAUUCUCCCUACAGAACUUUAUCCAAAUCUGCUAAAUUUGCAAAUCCCCAUGUGAAUAAAGAAUUGUACAGCAGCUGUAUUAUGAUUUUCCCUUGCUUACACAGAAUUGUAUAUACUGUGUUAAUUAUUCUUCUCCUGCAUUUGUAAAUUUCCCACCCUGAAAUUUAAGGAUACAAAUGACAUGAGCUGGGCAGAGUGAGGUUUAGGUUCUUUAAAUAAAUCCUGCAGAAUUCAGGGAGUUCAGCUGAAGAAUUAAUAGGAAUAUUGCUAUGUGGAUGAAAGCUUCUAGCUCAGUGAUUCAGCACAUUCUAUGCCCGCUGGGCACUUUCUCACUGUUUUGGUUUGAAAGAAAAUGUGUUCCUGCUCAGACUCUUCUCUUGCUAGUUGAGGAACAACCAACCCCACAGAGCUGGCAAUCUUCGGGGUUUAAGAAAGACAAUAGGAUUGGGAAAGGGAGGGCAAUACAUAUAAGAACCCCAUGGAAUGGAAUUUAAUGAAAUGAUUGUUUUCUUUGUAUAUUUGUACAUAAUUACUUUGAAUAUAUUGAAGGUGUAGGGAAGGGUGGACAUGGGCAGGAACAGAAGCCAUGGCCCCUAAUGAGUACGAAUUUGGAAGGAAUUUGAAAGAGUGAGAAUAAGUGAGAGGGUUUGUUGGUGGAGGCUUAGCUGAGUGGAAGUCCUGUAUCUCGAUGGGAUGUUAGGUUUUCCAUUGUAACUUGCUGUGAGCCUUCAAAUUAAUAAAUGGGCACUAGCAGGGCUGGCUUCACAAGCUGGGGCUGUCUCCCUUAGUGGCUUCCUUUAACCUAGAAGGGAUGGGGAUAAGCAAACAGAUAAUGCCCAUGCUGAUUCUGUCUGUGUAAAGUGAGAAUGGCAGUACAGCUGGUAUGGUGAGCCCUUCACCAGUCUUGGAAUCCCAAGAAAUGCCUGACUGUUCUACCCUUGGGAGCCAGCUCUGGAUACCAAGGGCUUGCCUUCUUCAAGAGACUUUCACCAUAGAUAGAAUAUGGAAGGCACAUGAAAGUUGGCAGGAAGUCAAAUUACCAGCCAGGCACUACCUCUGCAAGGAAUAUUUGAUGCUCACAGUAUCUUUGCUUUAUAUAACUUAACAGGAACAUGGGUCAUGGGGCUGCCAGGAAACACUCCUUUCUUCUAAACAAUUUGAAGUACCCGGAAUCUAGUACCUCAAAGCAGGCUUUUUCAGUCUAACCCCAAAGCUAGCCAAUAAAACAAGCUCUUGUUUAUGCCACUGAGAUUUAAAAGGGUUUAUUGUGCUGAUAAACUGGGACAACUGGUUAUUACGUUAACAAGAAAACAAGACUGAAUUUGGACUGUAAUUAUAUAUACCGUGCUGGGAUUUUAGCAAAACAAGCUAUAUGGGUUUGUGAAAAGCUGGCAUUUAAAACGCCUUAUAUUUGCAAAGAAAAAACUUCACGUGGAUGAUGACUGACCUUACCUCAUAUCUGGAAAUUGCAAGCAAACUCUUAGAGCCAAUCUACGCAUUCAGAAAAAUUCUAUGAAAUAGCCCUUCUAGGAUUGUACCCUUUUAAAAUGCAGGAUGGGGGGGUGUCACAUGGUUGAUUGUUCCCCACGUAAAAUGCCCUUCAUGCAUAGACAACUAGGAAAAGUGUUAGGCUACAUUUCCACAGACAGAGCGGGGCAUUUAACCAUGCAGUUCCCUGUCAGCAUUACGAACUGAUGCAGCCUCAAGGGUGCUAGACCAUAUUAUUCUUGUGAAUAUGUAAAUCAGCCCAUACUCAGGCCCAUUUUUCUUGCAUAAUUUUGCAGGCGGGGGAGAGACUAUGAAAACAAUAUCUUGACCAGAACAAUUUAGAUGUGUUCGAUUCUAUGAGAAGAUGAUCACAUCACACACAGUUGCCAUGGAGGGAAUGAGGUCUUAAAAAAAAAUACUGAUGUACUUAAGCACCUAUCUCUCAAAGGAAUGUUGGACUUUUCUAUACUGCACAUUUGCUGUGAGCCAAUGUUGAGUUGACUUACCUGUCAAAUGACCUGCAAGGCAUGCUCUGAAAAUACUUCAAUGCAAUGGCUAUAUCUGGAUGUGAUGCAGGCCGCUGAUGCUAGCAGGCACUGUGUUGACAUGGUUCAAAUCAUGCCACUUUGAGGAGGCUCAAAUGUUCCUUCUAAAUUUUUAGCAAGACAAAAAUAUGUGCAGUAAUAUUGUUACCACAAGACUUUUGUGGCUGCUGAGUCUUGACCAAGAUUUCCAGCCCUGUGCACCCUCCAUCUGCCUUUGCCGGUUCCACCUUGUCCCAAAGGUGAUAAAGUCUAUUUUACAUAUGAACGUAGUAGGAAGUUGCCUUACACUGUCAAACCCACUGGGCCAUCCAGUUCGGUAUUGUUUACACUGACUGGAAGCAGCUCUCCAGGGUUUCACACAGGGAGUCUCUUCCAGCCCUAUCUAGACUGAUGCUGUACCAGGGAGCUAUGGCCCUUCCCCAGCAUAUAUUAUGCACAUAGCAUGUUUUUCAUGCUAUUUGUGGGGAAGAGGUUGGUGGUUCUAUCCACAAGUGCACAAACCUACACCGGUUUUUUCCUCUGCGGCUGUACUGCUUCAGAAUGGUAGGAAUGUGUAAUUGGACUGUUCUUGAGAUGUGAAGAAAUGUAAAGGUCUUUUUGAAAAGAACAGUUUGAGAGCAGAUUGGGUUCAAGGUAAAAGAUAAACAUUUUGGGGGACGGUUUCUAUGGCACGGCAGGGCCUAUGUGAAUAAAUGUUUUGACUGAAUUCAACAGCAGUCUGGAACUUCAGAUGAAGGCAGAUGGAACACCAGAAUGCAUUGGCAGAAUAAUUUCCAUUCAGACCAGUAUGGUUACUAUAGUCUUAAUCCAGUAAUGGAAAUCUGAUAAGCAGGCAAAUGUAAUGACGGUGAGCAAGAAUUUACUGCAGAGGUAUUAGCCUCGCUGUGGUAAAAUUUGGGUUUCUUCUUUUAAAUGUUAUGUUAAUCAAGGGAUAAGGCUGAGAAGGUAGAGUUGCAAUAUUUAUUUUAUUUUUAAUUGAGGGAUGGGACUGAGAAGGUAGCAUUGCAGUAUUUUAUUUUUAAAAAGCAGCACAUAUGUCUGCAUAACUGAAGCAGUUGUAAAAUUGCUCCACACAACCAUGUUGCUGAUGUCACAGGUGCUGGCCAGUAGGAGCCCACCUCAACCAUAAUAGAAAUUGUUUUUCUCCCUUUCAGAGGAAGAAUUGGGUUUCCUUCUUGCCUUGACCUAUGAAUUCUGCAGAGCAGUUUUUGCCAGGCUCACCCAUAACAAAAAAAAAGUGUGUGUCUUUGGAGGAUAGCAGUGGCACUAUCAAACCACCUCAGCUUUUCUUAAAAUACUAGGUGAAGGGUUGUAGCUCAGUGACAGAACAUCUGCCUAGUAUGCAGAAGGUUCCAGGUUCAACCCCCAGCAUCUCCGACUAGAGCUGGGAGAGAAUCCCUGGCUGAAACCCCAGAGAGCCAUUUGCAAUCAGUGUAGAAAACACUGAACUAGAUGGACCAAUGGUCUGACUCAGUAUAAGGCAGCUUCUUAUGUUGAAGCCAUUUUCAACUAUAGAUGAGCAGAUACAAAUUCUCUGUACCAGUACAGUUCAUGAUUUGAACUCCAGUAAGCUGUAAGAGGGGGGAAUGGAAUGAGAGUUUGGCAUGUUGCCUCUGAAAAUAUGCCUCAUCAGUCCGGGUCACUGUUAUCAAAAAGUCAGCCCUUCCUGGCAGGAUCCCCUGUUUUCUGUCUCUUGCUUUUCAAAGUAUUGCUUUUAAUUUCUUAGGCCAAGUAGUUACAUAGUGCUUUUAGCUGGGCCAUUUCAAUAAGGGAAUACCGCCCCUUUGCUGCAACACUGACUCACUUCCCCCCCCCCCGCCCUGAAAGUUUUAAAAAUCCUUCCCAGUAAACUUGCAGCUAGAAAAUCCUCCUUAGUUUCCAGACACAGCAUGACUUGUCCUGUUUUCCCCAGAUUUAUUUACAUAAGCUAUUGUAAAAUGAAUGAAUGUCUCCUAUUACUCCCACCUGGAGACGGUUUCUCAUACAUUUCCAGCACAGAACCUUCUGUUUUAGCAUAUUAUCCCUGGAGGGAUUUUAUCUCUGAAGCACAGGAAGCUUUUUAAUUGUGGCGGUUGCCUAGGCCUUUUCACAGGUGCAUUGUUUUCAAUUCCUCUGAAGGGGAAUUUUAAUAAUUCCACUGGGCAGAGUGAGUGUUCACUACAGAGGAAUUUCGUGGAUUUUAAUAAUCUCCGGGUAUUCUAUUCAGGGUUGUGGAGUCGGAGUUGGAAGCAAUUUUGGGUGGAGUCGGUAGAAAUGCUAAGGUAAGGUAAAAUACUUUAUUGUUUACAGCCAUAGGCCAUCACAAUCCGGGAAUAAAAAAACAUGAGCAUGGGUAAUUCGCAAGUAAGGCACAUAUAACAAAAUUGCAAAAAUUAUACAUAGAAUUCACACUACCCAUUACUCCAGAGCAUGGGGUGAACCUAGCCCUAUGACAAAUCCCUGCCAACUGUUUAGUAACGAGGCAUCCGGAUGUGCCGCAUAGUCUUGUCCUUUAAAACUAACUAACAUUUUUAAAACUGUUGGACACUUCAAGGAAGUAUUAUUGACCACCGUUAUGAAAGGGUCAUAAUGGAGAGUAUGAGGAGUGAACUGGAGGUUGCAUUUUUGUCCGGGGAACUACAGGUAGGGACAGAUUAAACAGAGUUAUGCUGGUUUGUGCAGUUUAGCACAUUUGGCCCGUAUCUUGUCCGCGGCCGAUGCAAAGUUGGCGACCCUGGAUGUUGUAUAAAUAUCUGUGCCAGCCAAGAGGAUGGCAAUCUGUUCUGGAAUGGCCCUAUCCACCAUGGGGGAAAUUAUAGGUGAUAUAGUUUUCGAUAUCAAGUCCGCAUAAAGGGGACAUCUCAAGAGGUAAUGGGCCAGGUCUUCGACCUCCCCCAUCUGACAUAUACAAACUCGUGCGUGAUAGGGGGUAUUGGUGUAGCGUCCUCGAGGAAGGAAGUGGCCAUUGUUUGUAAUCGAAGGGCCGUGAAUGAUCUCCUCAAGGAGGGUAUUGUUAAGAAUGAGAGAUAUGGUUCCAUGAUAAAGGUGGUUUUAUACCAGGGAUACCAUAUUGAAAAGGUUGAUUGAGAGGCUGAGUACAAGGACCAUCUUUGCGCGUAGAAAUAGAUCCUACCUUUAAAUAGUUUAAUGGCUUUUGCAGAGACAGACUUGGGUAGAAUGGAGAGAGAGAUCCCAUAUGCAACCAGUUUAUGUUUGGUUUGGUGGAGCCAAGGGAACUGAUGUGGUGAUUGCAUCUGUUCCAAGAGACACUUCUUGGGAAGAGAGGAAUCAUCCAUUCCGGACAACCGCAGCCAAUAAGAGCCCAUGGCAGCAUGUACCAGUGAUUCUAGUGGCUGAGAGCCCGUCUCGAGUCUUAACAGAGAGGCUGGAGUACCACGCAGGGUGGCCAGAAUAAACCUGAGAAAGGCAGUCUGAACUUUCUCAAGGGCUCGGUAGAAAUGUACCGACUCCGGCUUCAAAAUAAAUUUUGAUUGUUUAUUCCAGGAAUAUUCAGGUUUCUGUGGGGUACAGGAUGAUGCAGGUGGUAUAAAGGAAAACUUUUAUACUUCAUUACAUCUCUUUUAAGAUCCCUCUCAGAGUCUCAUCAGUUAAUGAAAUAUCCUUAUACAGAGGCAGAUCAUCUAGGCAAACGUUACCUGCUGUGACACUCCAGCAUCUCAGACAGAGACUGCUUGGUAAUCUUUUAACUCAGUCCAAGUUAGCAGCCCAUCAACACUAUGAGAAAUGUCUGCUCAGAAACUACAAUUGGAUCAGAACACAGCAGCUGGAUUGCUGACUGGGACUGACUGCCAGGCAUAUAUAUAUAUCUCCAGUUUUAAAGUGGAUUCUUUUUAUGAAUUUCGUGGCACAAUUCUAAUUGCUGGUUUUAACUUUUCAAGCCCUAUGGCAGAAUAGGGAGCCCAUGGCUCUCCAACUGUUGCUGGACUACAUAGCCUAUGUUUUCUGACCAUUGGCAAUGUUAGGGAAAAUAAGUAUUGUAGUCAACAGCCCAAGGUUGAGAAAGAGAAAACUUGAGACCAUGUGCAUGCAAACUAUUUGAUCUACCACUAUGCUGCUGGACUUUAUUGUCUUACCUUCAUCUCUGCUAGCAGGAAUCAAAGAUUGGGGGGGGGGGGCAGCAGAACCAGUUCCAGGUUUGUGGGGGCCCUUAACAAAGUGCCCUCUGGGAAAUCUCCACUGGCUGUGAGCUUACCUGCCAGGAGUGGGCAGCCUUUCAAUUUCUCUCAGUGCUCAGGAGCAACGACAGGGACAUUGUGGCAAACUAAAAUGGCUGCCUGCACAAGCAGGCAUGAGGUACCAGGACUGGCAUCAGCACCAGCAGACCCUGCCAGGGUGCUGGGGCCCCAGCAGCUGCCCAAGGAUACCAGGUGCUGACACCAGGCCUGGAAAACAGAGCACAAUUGCUUCUGGGCAAAUAAUUAACAGUAUCAAACAUGGAGCAAGAGGGGGAAACUCUGCUUGACAACUGUUGUUUUCAGCAGCAGUCCAGAGUUUCAAUGUUUAGGUUCCUGUGAGAGCAAGUUCACACGGCUCCCAUUUUCUCAUUCAGCUAUAUUUGCAGUGGGCGCUUGUGGUAAACUGAUCACAGCUGAUUCAUGCAAUCAGUUCAUCACGCAAACAAGCUUUUGUGGAUUUUAAAAACAAAGACCAUCUGAAGUGGAGUGUACCAGCAGCACUGAGAAAAUCAGAUCAGGUUGAGAGAGUUUUGUAGGUCAAAGGCAUCAUGGCUCAGCAGCAGAGAGGCAUUUUCUUUGCAAUGGAGCUAAGAAAACUAUUUUUCUCCAUUCCUCCUUUUCCUUUCUUAUCCAACUUCAAAGCUUAACCAAAGUGGAAAGAAAUUUGCCGGUCAGCCUUUGCUUUAAAAAGAAGGAGAAGGUCUGUGAGUUAAAGGAAACCUUCCAAGAAAAACAUGAUAGAGAAGGAGGAAAUGAGAGUUUAACAAACAAAAGACAGCUAGCUUCAAAUGCAACAAAGACUGUACUACUAGCUGGUGGUGCUUCUUUAUAGGGAGACGAUUGGACCCUUGGAUGAUAAGGGAGUCAAAGGUGUACUAAAGAACGAUAAGGAGAUUGCAGAGAAGCUAAAUGAAUUCUUUGCAUCUGUCUUCACAGUGGAAGAUAUAGGGCAGAUCCCUGAACCUGAACUAACAUUUGCAGGAAGGGAUUCUGAGGAACUGAGACAAAUAGUGGUAACGAGAGAAGAAGUUCUAAGCUUAAUGGACAAUAUAAAAACUGACAAAUCACCAGGCCCGGAUGACAUCCACCCGAGAGUUCUCAAAGAACUCAAAGGUGAAAUUGCUGAUCUGCUAACUAAAAUAUGUAACUUGUCCCUUGGGUCCUCCUCCGUGCCUGAGGACUGGAAAGUGGCAAAUGUAACACCAAUCUUCAAAAAGGGAUCCAGAGGGGAUCCCGGAAAUUACAGGCCAGUUAGCUUAACUUCUGUCCCUGGAAA